GCCUCGCGCGAAGGCUGAAGGGAGUGUGGCCGGCCGCAGUGAGAACCCGAAGAGCCGGCAUGCCUCGGUAUGCGCAGCUAGUAAUGGGCCCCGCGGGCAGCGGGAAGGUGAGGCUCGAGGAGCUGCGCUUCGUGGGCGCUGGGGCUCCGGGGAACCCUGGAGCACCUACUGUUCCAGCAUGGUUCAGCACUGCGAAGCCCUCAACCGCUCUGUCCAGGUGGUCAACCUGGAUCCAGCAGCAGAGCACUUCAACUACCCCGUGAUGGCGGACAUCCGGGAACUGAUCGAGGUGGACGAUGUGAUGGAGGACGAUUCUCUGCGGUUUGGUCCCAAUGGAGGAUUGGUGUUCUGCAUGGAGUACUUUGCCAACAACUUUGACUGGCUGGAGAACUGUCUGGGACACGUUGAGGACGAUUAUAUCCUUUUUGACUGUCCAGGUCAGAUUGAGCUAUACACACACCUGCCUGUGAUGAAGCAGCUGGUCCAGCAGCUCGAACAAUGGGAGUUCCGAGUGUGUGGAGUGUUCCUUGUUGAUUCUCAGUUCAUGGUGGAGUCUUUCAAGUUUAUUUCUGGCAUCCUGGCGGCUCUAAGCGCCAUGAUUUCUCUAGAAAUCCCACAAGUUAACAUCAUGACAAAAAUGGACCUGCUGAGUAAGAAAGCCAAGAAGGAAAUUGAGAAGUUUCUAGAUCCAGACAUGUACUCUCUGCUAGAAGAUUCAACAGGUGACUUAAGAAGCCAAAAAUUCAAGAAAUUGACGAAAGCUGUGUGUGGCCUGAUUGAUGACUACAGCAUGGUUCGUUUUCUGCCCUACGAUCAAUCAGACGAGGAGAGCAUGAACAUCGUGCUCCAGCACAUCGACUUCGCCAUUCAGUAUGGGGAGGACUUGGAGUUUAAGGAGCCAAAGGAGCAGGAAGAAGAGUCUUCGUCCAUGUUUGAUGAGUAUUUUCAAGAACGGCAGAAUGAGUGAGGUUGACUACACAGUGACCAUUUGAUUGUGGCCGCUAGAAAUGCUCUUUUGGAGGAGGUGGCCAUGGAAAGCAGCUGCUUGUAAACAACACUGGGCUCUUCCCACAGUGAGCCUGGACUGUGCUUCUCUGAGCUCUGAAACCGCUACUCUUUCAAGGGGAGACUUUAUUCUGACUCAUUUUGGAUUUUAAAAAAAUCAAAGUAGCAAAUCAUGCACAGAUUUGUAUAUAAUAUAAAUCAACCUAUCCCCACAUGUAUCUGUGUGUGUAUGGGUAUGUGUAUGUAUGUGUGCACACUUGAGUCUAACUUUAUUUUUACAGUUGGAUUUUUGGUUUUUUUUGAGGGAUUUUCUUUUGAUUGAUUUGUUUUUGAAGAGGUACAAUUAUUGUAACAGAACAUCUCCAUCCAAAUGAAAAAAAUUGGAAGGGUACACAUAAAUCUUAUUUUCCCAAAUCAAAUAUGUAUUAUUUAUAUAAUUAAAAACUAAAACUGUG